AUGCCGCCCAGAAAUGCGGCCCCGAGGGACCACCCCCCCACCCCCGGCCCGGCCGACGCCCCGGCUGCCGAGGGAGCCCCUGGUGCGAGGGCUGGGGUGCAGGGGCCGCUCCUGCCGCUGCCUCGCGGGCUGCGGGAAGGCACGGGGGAGGCGGCCGUCGCCCGGGCGGUUCCGGGAGUCGGGGCGCGGUCGUCCGGGGCCAACGGGCGGGGGGCCCCCCGAAGCCCGGCGGCCGCAACAGGUGCGCCGCGGCCGCCCGCCCGCCCCUCCCGCCGCCCGCCCGGCCUUUACCUGCGGCGGCGGCUCCCGAGUCCGGGGACGGAGGCCCGGGCCCGGUCGCCCUGCCCAGCCGGGCAGGCCGAGCUCGCCGGACGCACGGACCGACGGACCGACGGACGCCUCGGGAAGCAGACUGGGGGCCCGCCGGCCCCCGCCCCGAAGGCCCGGGCACAGACCCCGCCGGGGCUGCGAGGGCUCCUGGGGGCGCGGCCGUCCGACCGGGCCUCGGGGGGCAGGGUCUCCGGCCGACGACCGGGUCGUCACCCUCGCUCGGUGCCCCCGGCGACGCGCGGGCCCUCGCGCUCGCCCGCGUUUCGGGGCGGCAACCCGAGCGACGCCGGCCGCGGAGCGGAGUCGUUAGCACCGGCGGCGGCGGCGCCGGGGGCUCGGCCCGUGGGGGCCCGGGAGCAGCUGAGCAUGGAGCCCCAGAGUAAGGGGGCCCCCCGGGAGCGAGGGCGGGCGCCCGGGCGCGGUCCGCCGGCCUUCGACACGGAAACACGGGUCCUCUAUUUCAUUCUCAUCCCCAGCACCGUGACCCCACCCAGACCUCUGCUCAUCUGUGGGGGAGGGUGGCGGGAGUGUGAAAAUGAAGGACACGCCCCUGCCACGGAGACAGCUCCCAGCACGAGAGAGAAGCUGGCACAAAUCACUUCCUCAAAGCCUCACCCACCUGUUGUGGGCAGAGUGACUCAUCACAGCAUCGAAUUAUACUGGGAUCCAGAAAACAAAGCAAAACGGCAGGGACCUCAAGAGCAGUGGUUCAGGUUCUCGAUUGAGGAAGAAGACCCCAAAAUGCACACUUACGGUAUCAUUUAUACGGGAUAUGCAACGAAGCAUGUUGUGGAAGGUCUGGAACCACGAACCCUGUACAGAUUUCGACUGAAGGUCACCAGCCCCUCUGGAGAGUAUGAGUAUAGCCCAGUGGUCUCGGUAUCUACAACCAGAGAGCCCAUAAGUAGUGAGCACUUUCAUCGAGCUGUCAAUGUGAAUGACGAAGAAUUGCUGGUUCGAAUACUUCAGGGAGGAAAUAUUAAGGUUGAUGUUCCCAAUAAGUUUGGCUUUACCGCCCUGAUGGUCGCUGCCCAGAAAGGAUACACCGGGCUUGUGAAAAUCCUCCUUUCUAAUGGCACAGAUGUGAACCUGAAGAACGGGAGUGGCAAAGACAGCCUGAUGCUCGCGUGCUAUGCGGGGCACCUCGAUGUGGUGAAAUAUCUCCGAAGACACGGCGCUUCUUGGGAGACCAGAGACCUAGGAGGCUGUACGGCUCUGCAUUGGGCUGCGGAUGGAGGCCACUGCAACGUCAUCGAGUGGAUGAUAAAAGACGGCUGUGAGGUAGACGUUGCGGACACGGGCUCAGGAUGGACCCCGCUCAUGAGGGUGUCUGCAGUCUCAGGAAACCAGAGGGUAGCCUCGCUGCUGAUCGAAGCGGGAGCGGAUGUGAACAUGAAGGAUAAAGAUGGAAAGACGCCUCUAAUGGUGGCCGUGUUGAAUAAUCACGAGGAGUUAGUCCAGUUACUUCUUGACAAAGGGGCAGAUGCAGGUGUAAGAAACGAGUUCGGCAAAGGUGUCCUAGAAAUGGCCAGAGUUUUUGACAGACAGAACGUGGUCUCCUUGCUGGAAGAAAGGAACAAAAAGCGCGCGGUGAAGAAGUCCUCCGUCUGCUGAGCGGCGACCCCACUUCGUCGCAAGCCCCAGCGAAACGCCUGCCCCGUGACUGCAGCGCCAGCGAGGAGGUUCUGCGUGUUGGAGGCGAUGUGUGUGCUUAUUUAUUUAGUUGAAGAUUCGCGGUGACUUUUGUAAUGUACAGCCGUUUCCCACUUGGAAAUACAUCUUUUACCUAA